GCCACUCGGUGCAACUAAUAAGGACCGCGAUCUAGCAGGCGAUCCCACUGUGACUUUUAUUUCCAAGUCCUGGAAUCCGGAAUCAGACUGAUCGUUAUCACACAUGGAUUAUGCUUUUAUCGCUCUUUUUUAUUUCUUUUUGCCCUAGAGGAAACUUUCCCAGCAACUGUUUUCAAGCAGACUAGCUCUCCAGUGUCCGAGCCAUGAUUUGCUUGUUAAGAUGGACUGCUUUCCUUUGGACUGUAAAUUCCAUUCCUGGCACUCUUGGAAUGGCAGUGACUGAACGAGCAGAUGACACAUGUCCGCCUCUGAGUGUAGAGGAAGACAGGUUUUCUGAAGUUUUAGACCGGCCCCUCCAAAUCACAGGAUUUGAUCUCACAGAAAAGUUUCUCCUUCGAAAGGGAACAGUCUCAGAAGACCUGCCGUCGUUUCGUUUGGGAAGCAGUCCGCUCAUUAAACCAACGAAAUCAAUAUUUCCAAAUGGGCUUCCGAGUGAAUACUCCUUUGUCACCAUCCUGCGGGUUAGAAGAACUACAAAGAAAGACCGCUGGUAUCUUUGGCAGAUAUUUGACCUUUCAGGAGGCAGUCAGGUAUCUGUCGUGGUUGAUGGCGGAAAGAAAGCGGUGGAGUUCUCUGCCCAAGGCCAACUGAAGAACCCUCUACGCUACACAUUUAAAAGCCGUGACCUACAUGCCCUCUUUGAUCGCCAGUGGCACAAGCUGAGCAUUUCUGUGCAGAGCAACAUCGUCUCCAUUUACAUGGACUGCAAGCUAAUAGAAAGGAGACUGACCGACGAGAGGGACGGCGUUGACCCCAGUGGGCGCACUCUCAUCACUACACGAGUGGAGGAUGGACGGCCUGUAGAUGUUGAAGUGAGGCAGAUUCUUAUCUACUGUGACCCUUACAUGGCUGAAAUGGAAAACUGCUGUGAGCUUCUGGAGCCCAAGUGUGAGGCCACGAGGACGUUUAAUGGGACUUCCCCUCCCCUGGUUACAGCCCAGCUCCCCCAGAUGCUGUCUCAGCCACCCAAACAGUCGAUUGACAGAUGUCACUGUCUAGCUGAAAAGGGAGAAGCUGGUCUUCCAGGUGUGAUGGGACAGCAAGGGGAUAAAGGAGACAAGGGGGACUCGGGGGAGGUCGGGCUUCAAGGAGACCCAGGACACAAGGGGGAACUUGGAUCAGAAGGGCAAAGGGGGAUCGAUGGGGAGAAGGGUGUGAAAGGUGACCCAGGGCCGCUCGGGCCAGUCGGUCCUAAAGGAAGAAAAGGUGACAUGGGUCUGCCUGGAGCUCCGGGGCUUCCUGCUGACAAAGACUGUUUCAAGGGUGACCAGGGCCUUCCAGGUGAAAAAGGAGAAAAGGGAUCUGCCGGGGUGCCAGGUCAGCCGGGGGAACCAGGCAAAGAGGGCAAAAGGGGACGAAGAGGAAAGACUGGGGAACCUGGACCCAGAGGACUCCCUGGUCCGCCGGCAACCUCCGAAGGAGCAAGUGUCAAGGGGGAGAAUGGCGAGUCCGGAGUCCCAGUGGAAAAGGGGGAGAAAGGAGACCCUGGUCAGUCAGGUGCUGAGGGGGGCAACGGGACGAAAGGAGAAAAAGGGGAUGUUGGCCCUCCUGGUCCUCCUGGUCCUGUGAUGACAGCUCACGGAUUGAGACUCUCUGGAACUGAUGAAAUGAAGGAGGGGAUCCUAAGUGGAGAAAAGGGAGAUCAGGGCGAGAGAGGAGCUCAAGGACCGCAAGGCUUAAAGGGAAGCAUGGGCCCUCCAGGUCUGAAGGGAGAUCUGGGACCAGAGGGGAAGCAAGGCCUGCCUGGACUCCCAGGACUCCCAGGAGAGCCAGGCUCGCCGGGGGAGACGGGGUUGCCCGGGAGAGAUGGCCUGAGAGGAGAAAAGGGGGACUCUGGUGGAGUGAUGGGACUACAGGGACCUGCAGGUCCUAAGGGGGAGCCAGGAGAGCCUGCAGGUGGAUACAUGGGUGAUGGGUUGUCUCUAAGCAGAGGGUCUCGGGGUCCUAAGGGUGAGAGGGGCGUCCCAGGUCUGCCGGGAGACCACGGUGAAAAAGGUGAACCCGGGGAGGGGAUCGCCGGCCUGAUGGGCCCCAUGGGACCUUCAGGAAUGCCAGGAAGGGAGGGCCCACGCGGACCCCCGGGUUUAUCUGGCCCUCCUGGAGCUACAGGAAGAGAGGGCUCCCCCGGUAGACCAGGUCCCCCGGGUCCUGCUGGACCCCCAGGUGAACCAACGGCGCUGCCACUUGUUGGAGACAUGGGUGCCCUACUUAAGAACGCCUGCAGUUUGUGCCAGACGAGAGUCCCAGGGCUUCCCGGGCAGAAGGGAGAGAAGGGGUCCCCUGGAGCGCAGGGAGUGGAAGGCAUGGUGGGAGAAAAGGGGGAUCCAGGUGUAAGAGGUCCUACAGGUAAUCCUGGGAAAGAAGGCCCGAAGGGUGUGAAAGGCGAGCGAGGGUUCUCGGGUCCUACAGGAGAAACAGGAGAUGAGGGGCCUGCAGGAGCACCAGGACUUCCAGGAGUGACCGGUCGAACAGGGGCCCCGGGGAUUAUGGGUAGACUUGGACCGAAGGGACAACUAGGAGGAAAAGGAGACAAAGGAAAUGACGGACCUCCGGGCAGACCAGGGCUUCCAGGCCCUCCGGGUGUUCCCUACGUGGAAGGCAAUGGGAUGAGCAGUCUCUACAAGCUGCAGAGCGGUGGAGCUAUUUUAGGACCACCUGGAGCUCCUGGUGCUCCGGGUCCCAAAGGAGACGACGGACUUUCAGGCGACCCAGGGGCCAUGGGAUUACCGGGGCUUGAAGGUCUACCUGGUGCCAAGGGUGAUAUUGGUUUGCCCGGUCCGCCUGGGAUAUCAGGUCCUCCAGGGAAGCCCGGCACUCGUGGCGAGCCAGGGAUCCCAGGAGAGCCGGGUGAGAGGGGGCCGCUCGGAGAGACAGGAUUCCCCGGGCCCGAGGGACCCCAAGGUGUUGCUGGCAGACCGGGAAAAGAUGGAACUCCUGGAUACAAGGGAGGUACAGGUAGAACCGGCGACAGAGGAUCCAAAGGAGAACGUGGUGAUCCAGGCAUUCCUGGAGAAAGAGGCGUCCAAGGCGAGAGGGGUCGCCAAGGAGAAAUUGGCCUUAUUGGACCGAUGGGACCAGAAGGCCACAAAGGCGAUCCUGGCCCUCCAGGGCAGCUGGAGAGCACGAGCCUCCUGGGUGAUCCCGGCUUCAUGGAGGAACUCAAACUGUUCAUCAGAAGUGAAGUUUUGAGGGUCUUCGAAGAGAGACUAUCAGGCGCUGCCAUGCCACAGAAGAAGACCCACGCAGGCAUCUUAGCCUCACAAAUCCAAGGCCCUCCAGGACCUCCUGGCCAGAACGGAUUACCAGGCGCUCCAGGAGAGCCUGGAACUCCGGGUCCUCAAGGAUACAGAGGUCAGAAAGGAGAAAGAGGGCAGCUUGGUCUGGGAUUACCAGGAGAUCCAGGACCCAUGGGGCCAUCAGGCCCCCCCGGGAUCCCUGCACAUGGUCCUCCUGGCUCCCCGGGGCCCCGUGGACCACCUGGGACGUGCAACCCCCUGGACUGCCUUCCUCCACCCCUAUGAGGCCAGCGGAGCGGGGUCAGGCUGCUUUCUCCGGAAGGCAGACGUCCAGCUCUGAGUUUGGUGCUGACAGACUCAAACCGACCUCCUUUUUUUUUUCUUUUCUUUUUUUGUUCACUUUUAUGAACGACAACGUUUUGAUGCAGUCAGGUUUUAUUUUGUUAUCGUCUUCGGUUGUCGUUUUUUGUUUUGAAUGCAAAUAGGACGCCCUUACUUUUUUGUACGCUCCAUUAAGUUAUUUCUUGUUUUCAAAAUCCCCAACUGUGAUGUAAUGCAUUCCUUGUCAUCUUUCAUUUUGUCCUCCAAGACCAUGAAAUGACUUCGUUUCAUCCGAUUCAGCUCUUCUUGAAAACACGAUCUUAAUUCUUUGAUAGCACCCUCAUUGGGCGUCUUUAUCCAUUUUUUCUGUUCUUAGUCAGAUAAGCCAAUAUGCAGGCAGAAUUUACAUCUCAUCUUUGUGUGUGUGUGUGUGUGUGUGUGUGUGUGUGUGUGUGUGUGUGUGUGUGUGUGUGUGUGUGUGUGUGUGUGUGUGUGUGUGUGUGUGUGUGUGUGUGUGUGUGUGUGUGUGUGUGUGUGUGUGUGUGUGUGUGUGUGCGUGUGUGGGCGAGAUUAGCUGAACGAACGUACAUGUUUUACUUAUUUAACGUGUGAAAAAGAAUAAUCAAACUUUUGAAACCAAAGUGCAUCAGAGGAGUCUGAUGUGGGAAUAAUUUAUUGAAGAAUGUAUUUAAAAGAUUAAAAUAGUUCUAAUAAUUCAAAGUGUAUGUAGCAUCGGGCGGUCGCUAACUUUACUGAAAAAAAGUGGAUUCAUACUGUAUAUCUGGAUUUUACUUCAUGACGUUAUCACAUCAGCGUUGUGCAUGAUGCUCGGCUUUUAACGAGUCAGCAGUAUAACCAUUGAGUUAAAUUGUCUUCCCGCGUCCUUUAAGCCCGGCUCACACUGCAGGAGUUUUAAAAGUCCUUCCCGGUUUUGAAUUCGGUCGGCAUCACACACUUCAGGAGAAUCCGGACAGAUUUUCUCCUCCAUGAUCUCAAACAUGCAAACACUACAAGAUGUGAAAAUCUGGGCACAUCACAGACUACAGGAUUUUCCUUAAAUUCACGUGACCUCACUUGACCUCACGUCGUGGCCGGCGGUUAAAUGUGCGAUUAUAAUGCUUUGUGCAGAGAGGGAAACACAUAACACAGAAUAAAUCUUAGGGUGAAGAUAUGUCUGUCUUUUUUUUAUUCAGUGAGAGCUGGAGGUCAGAUUGUUACUAUGAGCGUCACAGAUUUUAAAUGCACCUGUGCAGGUUACCUCCUGCCGCCGGUCGCCACUACUCCACUUAUUACCGUCCUCCCUCGUCUCUCUCGGUGAUUGUAGUCACACGCGACUUCAACCAAACUCUUUCAUGACGUGAUCGUGAAAGUUUUAAAUUCUGAAUAUCAAACAUGUUUGAAAUCAAUCGGGGCGUCCUCGACGAUCACCGAGCUGAUCGGGGACGUUAUGAUUGGAUCUCUGUACCGCUCACACUACGAGACAAUCUGGGCAGAUAAUCGGGUCCGAGCAUCCUUGAGUCGGGAGCGACCAUGGGAUUGUCGGGAAGGAAGAAUCGGAGCUCAGGAUUAUCCUGCAGCGUGAGCCAGGCUUUUCGUUUGUGCAUCAGCACUGAGGGCGAGAUUUGCCAAAUAUUUUGUCAUAAAAAAAAAAAAAACAGCUUUUCUAAGAGACACUUACAUCAAGGGCAGAUUUUCCACAUGAAAAGAAUGUAAUUUAAAGAUAAUUUGUGUUGUGUGCCGUGACCUUAGGUUAACCUUUACUCUAGGUUUGAUCUGUUGUUAAGUUAUUUUAAGUUUAAUUCUGUCUGAUGGGGCGCUUAAUGGGACCUGACCACAUAAUUACAGUCGUCAUCGUCGGGUUCUCCGUUUGACUAUCUCUUCGUGCAUCGCUGCAAAUGUUUGAAUUUAAUUGUGUCUGAAAUUGCGAUGAUUCAUUUUCUGAUGUUUACACGGUGUUGUGUAUGAUGAUUCCUCGGGGUUUAUUUGUAUAUUUUUGACUUUCAGCCACUCAUAGGAUAUCAGACUUUUAUGCCAUGACUUUAAACGUUUCAUUUUGGUGCAACAUGUCACUCAAACAUGUACUUGAACUUUCUUUUUGGUUGUUUUUUACGUUAUCAUGGGGUACACAACGGUUUCACUCGCUGACCAGCACUGUGUGUAUCCUCCACCGACUGUGUGUAUAUAAAGAUGGACGAUGCAACUCCACCUCCUUUGCAAAAGUGAAGCCAAAAUACCCCCCUCGAUGGGUGCUGACAUAUUGAGCUGGUGACGUCCCUUUUUCAUUUUUAUCUUCAUUUUCAAAAUCUUCAGCAUGUCAUAGCAGUCAAUCAUACAAUCAGCUUACAUGUUGUAUCUACAGCGUGUAAUUCAUCUUCAGCAACAUCGUGAGCAUCGUUUCAUCGCUUCAAGCGUCUUCAAAUGCAGCAAUAUCGUCAUCAUUUCCAUCGUCAUAUUCAGCUUUUUCAGCAAUUUUUUAACAUCUCCAACACAGAAUUCAGCAUUUUCUGCUUCCAUGCAUCUUCCUCACCUUUUGGUCACAUCUUCAUCAUCUUAUGUAUCUCCUCAUUUUUAGAUUUGUUUUCAACAUAUCAGCAGUCCAUCAUGUCAUGUUUGCAAAUUGUCAGCAUUGCAGCUUUCUCAGAAAAGUGGGUUCAUCAUCGACAGCAUAUUAACCAUUUUCAGAAACAUCUUC